CUGGCCACGCUGGUCGUCAACAAGCUGCGCGGCAUCAUGAACGUCUUGGCCGUCAAAGCCCCCGGCUUCGGCGACCGCCGCAAGGCCAUGCUGGAAGACAUUGCCAUCCUGACCGGUGGCACGGUGAUCAGCGAAGAGACCGGCCGCCGGCUGGACUCCGCCACCAUCGACGACUUCGGCCGCGCCCGCCGCGUCGCCUCCACCAAGGACGACACGACGAUCGUUGAGGGUCACGGUUCCGAAGACGGGAUCCAGGCCCGCAUCAACCAGAUCAAGGCCCAGAUCGAAGACACCACCUCCGAGUACGACCGCGAGAAGCUGCAGGAACGGAUGGCCAAGCUGUCCGGCGGCGUCGCGGUGAUCAAGGUUGGCGCUGCCACCGAGAUCGAGCUCAAGGAGCGCAAGGCCCGCGUGGAAGACGCGCUGUCCGCCACCCGUUCCGCGGUGGAAGAGGGCAUCGUCCCCGGCGGCGGAGUCGCCUUGGUUCGUGCCCAGCGCGCGCUGGAAGGCGUGACCGGACUGACCGGUGACGAGAUCGUUGGCCUCAAUAUCAUCCGGUACUCGCUGGAGCAGCCGCUGAAGAUCAUCGUCGAAAACGCCGGUGGCGAAGGCGCCGUUGUGCUGCACGACGUCAAGGACCAGUCCGAUGACUACGGCUACGACGCCGAGGUCAGCGAGUUUGGCCCGAUGCUCGAGCGCGGCAUCAUCGACCCGGUGAAGGUGACCCGUUCCGCGCUGCAGAACGCGGCCUCCGUGGCGGCCAUGGUGCUGACCACCGAGUCCAUGAUCACCGAGAUCCCUGACCCGACCCCGGCGAUGCCGGCGGCCCCGCCGAUGGACUUCUAG